AUGUUCGUGAGAAAGCGAGAUGGCCGCCAGGAGCGCGUCCAGUUCGACAAGAUCACGGCUCGUGUGUCAAGGCUGUGCUACGGCCUUGACAUGGACCACGUCGACCCGGUCGCCAUCACUCAGAAGGUUAUUUCUGGUGUCUACGGCGGUGUCACUACCGUUCAGCUUGAUGAUCUUGCUGCUGAGACUGCCGCGUACAUGACCGUCACCCAUCCCGACUAUGCCAUCCUCGCCGCCCGCAUUGCGGUCUCAAACCUUCACAAACAGACCAAGAAGCAGUGGUCUUCUGUCGUCAGUGAUUUGUAUCACUACGUCAACCCCAAGAACAACCGUCCCUCUCCCAUGAUUGCACCAGAGACGUACGAGUUUGUCAUGAAGCACAAGGAGGAGCUUGACUCUGCCAUUGUCUACGACCGUGACUUCAACUACCAAUACUUUGGCUUCAAGACCCUGGAGCGCUCCUAUCUCCUCAAGCUCGACGGCAAGAUCGCCGAGCGCCCGCAGCACAUGAUCAUGCGUGUGUCCGUUGGUAUCUGGGGAGACAACGUUGAGCGUGUCAUUGAGACGUACAACCUCAUGUCUAGCAAAUUCUUCACACACGCCUCUCCUACCCUCUUCAACGCUGGCACGCCCCAGGCUCAGCUGUCGUCCUGCUUCCUGGUUGACAUGAAGGAUGACAGCAUUGAAGGUAUCUACGACACCCUCAAGACCUGUGCCAUGAUCUCCAAGAUGGCUGGUGGCAUUGGCCUGAACGUCCACCGCAUCCGUGCCACUGGCUCUUACAUUGCCGGCACCAAUGGCACUUCAAACGGCAUCACGCCCAUGCUUCGCGUCUUCAACAACACGGCGCGCUACGUUGACCAGGGCGGCAACAAGCGUCCCGGCGCCUUUGCCAUCUACCUUGAGCCAUGGCACGCUGAUGUCUUCGAGUUCCUCGACCUCCGCAAGAACCACGGCAAGGAGGAGGUUCGCGCUCGCGAUCUUUUCCUUGCUCUGUGGAUCCCCGAUCUCUUCAUGAAGCGUGUCGAGAAGAACGGCGACUGGACUCUUAUGUGCCCCAACGAGUGCCCUGGCCUUGCCGACUGCUACGGUGAUGAGUUCGAGGCCUUGUACGAGAAGUACGAGAAGGCUGGCAAGGGCCGCAAGACCAUCAAGGCACAGAAGCUUUGGUACGCCGUCCUUGAGGCUCAGACCGAGACCGGCAACCCCUUCAUGCUCUACAAGGAUCACUGCAACCGCAAGAGCAACCAGAAGAACCUCGGUACCAUUCGCAGCUCCAACUUGUGCACAGAGAUUGUCGAGUACUCGGCCCCCGAUGAGGUUGCCGUUUGCAAUCUGGCCUCUCUGGCCCUGCCCGCCUACGUUGAUUACAACAACGGCGUGUACGACUUCAAGAAGCUCCACCAGGUGACUCAGGUCGUCGUCAGGAACCUCAACAGGAUCAUCGACGUGAACCACUACCCCGUCAUCGAGGCUCGCAACAGCAACAUGCGCCAUCGGCCCAUUGGCCUUGGUGUCCAGGGCUUGGCUGAUGCGUUCCUUGCUCUCCGCAUGCCCUUUGAGUCGCCUGAGGCCAAGGAGCUCAACAAGCAGAUCUUUGAGACCAUCUACCACGCCGCCCUGACCAUGUCAUGCAAGCUCGCUCAGGAGGAAGGCCCUUACUCAACAUACGAGGGCUCGCCCGUCUCCCAGGGUAUCCUUCAAUACGACAUGUGGAACGUCAAGCCUACUGACCUUUGGGACUGGGCCGAUCUCAAGAGCCAGAUCAAGCAACACGGCGUGCGUAACAGUCUUCUCGUGGCGCCUAUGCCCACGGCCAGUACCUCGCAGAUCCUCGGCAACAACGAGUGCUUCGAGCCUUACACGUCCAACAUCUACCAGCGCCGUGUGCUCGCUGGCGAGUUCCAGGUUGUCAACCCCUGGCUGCUCAAGGACCUUGUCGACAUGGGUCUUUGGUCUGAUAGCAUGAAGAACCGCAUCAUUGCCGAAAAUGGUUCCAUCCAGAACAUCCCCAACAUUCCCGCGGACAUCAAGUCCCUGUACAAGACUGUCUGGGAGAUUUCUCAGCGCACCGUUGUGCAGAUGGCUGCCGAUCGUGGCGCCUUCAUCGACCAGUCUCAGUCCUUGAACAUUCACAUGAAGGACCCUACCAUGGGCAAGAUCACGAGCAUGCACUUCGCCGGCUGGAAGCUUGGCCUCAAGACCGGCAUGUACUACCUGCGCACCCAGGCUGCUGCGGCCCCUAUCCAAUUCACCGUUGAUAAGGAGGCGCUCAAGGUCGCCGAUACCAACGUCGGCAAGGAGCGCAGCCUCAAGAAGCGGUCUCCCAUGCCCAGCUACAACUCGUCGGCUGCGGCCGUUCCUAGGCCCAUGUUCCAGAACAAGGAUGGUUCGGCAGACAGCAACAGCCGCAACGGUGUUCCGACCCCCAGCACGACACCGCCUCCUGCCGCCGUCACGUCCCUCCCUAUCGCCUCGCCUGCUAAGCCGGCGACGAUGAAGGCGGAUGUUGACGAGGGCGACAGCCCCAAGGUCCUGCCUAUGGAGCCCGCCGACAAGAUCAAGAUUGAGGAGCUCUCUCAGGGCGAGAAGACUCCUGACGCGGAGGAUAAGGAUGAGGACAGCAAAGAGCGCGAGAACGACAUUUACUCGGAAGCUGUGCUUGCUUGCAGCAUUGAAAACCCUGAGUCUUGUGUGAUGUGCAGCGGCUAA